AUGUCACCCACCGUCUCCCACAAGGACAGCAGUCGUCAACGACGGCCAGGGACCUUCAACCACUCUCUAGAUUUGAAGAGUGGUCCUCUGCCGCCGGGCUCCUGGGAUGAUAGUCUUCCGGAGGUGGUGGGCGGGGAAGGGGACAAAGAAGCUCUUCUUCGGGAUAUCAGCACUGUUGAUUUCUCAAAAACCCAACGGAGCUGCCGGGCGGAAUUGAGCAGUAUUUUGCUGUUGCUCUUUCUUUACGUACUUCAGGGCAUUCCACUGGGCUUGGCGGGAAGCAUCCCACUCAUUUUGCAGAGCAAAAAUGUUAGCUAUACAGAUCAAGCGUUCUUCAGUUUUGUCUUUUGGCCCUUCAGUCUCAAAUUGCUUUGGGCCCCAUUGGUUGAUGCGGUUUACUUUAAGAACUUCGGUCGUCGCAAAUCUUGGCUUGUCCCAACACAGUAUAUAUUGGGAUUCUUCAUGAUAUAUCUCUCCACUCAAGUGGACCAUUUGCUCGGAAAUACGGAUGGCAGAACCCCCGACGUAGUUGCUCUCACUGUGACAUUCUUUUUGUUUGAGUUCCUGGCAGCCACCCAGGACAUCGCUGUGGAUGGUUGGGCGUUAACUAUGUUAUCCCGGGAAAACGUGGGUUAUGCUUCUACUUGCAAUUCAGUGGGCCAAACAGCCGGCUACUUUUUGGGCAAUGUUUUGUUUUUGGCCCUUGAAUCUGCCGACUUUUGUAACAAAUACUUGCGUUUUGAGCCUCAACCCAGGGGAAUCGUCACUCUUUCAGAUUUCCUUUUCUUCUGGGGAACUGUAUUUUUGAUAACAACAACUUUAGUUGCCCUUCUGAAAAAAGAAAACAAAGAAGUAUCAGUAGGAAAAGAAGAAACUCAAGGGAUCACAGAUACUUACAAGCUGCUUUUUGCAAUUGUAAAAAUGCCCGCAGUUCUGACAUUUUGUCUUCUGAUUCUAACAGCAAAGAUUGGUUUUUCAGCAGCAGACGCAGUAACAGGCCUGAAACUAGUGGAAGAGGGAGUGCCCAAAGAGCACUUAGCCUUGUUGGCGGUCCCCAUGGUUCCUUUGCAGAUAGCACUGCCUCUGCUUAUCAGCAGAUACACUGCAGGCCCCCAGCCACUGAACGUGUUUUACAAAGCCAUGCCCUACAGAUUAUUGUUUGGAUUAGAAUAUGCUCUACUGGUCUGGUGGACUGCUAAAGUAGAACAUCAAGGGGGAUUCCCUAUAUAUUACUAUAUUGUAGUGCUGCUGAGUUAUGCGUUACAUCAGGUUACAUUGUACAGCAUGUAUGUUUCCAUAAUGGCUUUCAAUGCGAAGGUUAGUGAUCCACUUAUUGGCGGAACAUAUAUGACCCUUUUAAAUACCGUGUCCAACCUGGGAGGAAACUGGCCUUCUACGGUGGCUCUUUGGCUGGUAGAUCCCCUCACAGUAAAAGAGUGUGUAGGAGCAUCAAACCAGAAUUGCCGAACACCUGAUGCUGUUGAGCUUUGCAAAAAACUCGGUGGCUCGUGUGUUACUGCACUGGAUGGUUAUUAUGUGGAAUCUGUUAUUUGUGUUUUGAUUGGAUUUGGUUGGUGGUUCUUUCUUGGUCCAAAACUUAAAAAAUUACAAGAUGAAGGACCAUCUUCAUGGAAAUGCAAAAGAAACAAGUAA